AUGUCAACUACUGUUAAAACAUAUCAAAAUCGUAUUCGAAAACAUUCACGUAAUGGAAGUAACACCAGUUAUUGUAAAAGUAUAUGCUCAAGUCAUGGUAGUGCUGAUAAUGAUUCAUUUAUGGAACUCACCGACGAGCACGUUUUACGUUUGCUCGACCAAGCUAUUGAUCAGUACGACGAUACUAGUUCAAUGAAUUCCAGACGUUAUUUACCGCAAAUCCCUUCUCAACCAAAUACAAUAUCAGUGAAUAAUCAGUCUCGAUCAGCUAUUGAAGAUUUAUUUCAAGUAUUUGAUAAUAAUGCAGAUUUUAUUACGAGAGGAAAACGUUUAUUAAAUAAAAAACGAAAACUAGAACAAUUAAGAGCACAACUUAAUUUACCUGAAGAUUUAACUGAAGAAGAUACAGUUAAAUUAGCGCAAAUAAGAGAACGUCUUAGAGCAAAACGAAAACUUCCAACUGUUAAUAUUGAACCAAAAAAGUCAUCAACGAAUGCAGAAUUCAAAUUAAUCAAUCGAAUUUCAUCAACGAGUAUGCCUGAUCUAACUCCAAUAGCAUUAGGUGAUACAACAAAUCGAUCAUCAUUAGUUGAUCUAAAUACUUCAUUGAACAGUUCUGUGUAUCGAAAACGACGACGAAAAUCUCUUUUUCGAAAACAAGUUGGUCCUGAAUUUGUUCUUAAACCAGAUAAUAAAGUUGAAAAAAUUACUGUUCCUAGUCCAAAUCCAUUUGAAUGUAUUUGUCAAAUUAUAGUUCUUCUUCCUAAUAAUAAUUGUGUGCAAGUUUCCUGUAAACCAGAUGCAACUAUACGAAAUAUCUUUGAAACUAUUGCAUCUUAUAUCGAUUUAAUUGAACAUGAUCUGUUUGGUCUUACAAUUCUAAUUGAUAGUGAAUAUUGUUUUCCAGCUAUGGAUCUUAAAUUAUCGAAAUUAAUCGAUGAUUCAAAAUGGAAAAAUGGUCAAGCUAAAUAUGUUAUGCAAUUGAAAAUAAAAUUUUUUGUUAAUGAUAUUGCAUUACUGAGACAUUUUUUAACUCAACAUUUUUUUUAUUUACAAUUUCGACAAAUGAUUCUUGCUGAUACAUUUCAAAUAACAAAUGAACAAAAAUUAUCAUUUGCAUCGUUAGCAUUUCAAGCUGAAUAUGGUGAUUCAACAAAUAAUGAACAAUUUCAAAGUGAUUAUAUUGUUGAAUAUUAUGCAUCCAAAGAUUUAGUGAAUGAGUAUGGUACUGAAUAUUUACGACAUGAAAUUAUUAAAAGACAUCAUUUUUAUUCGGAAUUAAAUGAUGUACAAGCUGAACGAAUGUUUGUUGAAAAUAUGAUGAAAUUAGAUGAUUAUGGUUAUCAUAUGUACAAAUUAUAUAGAGAUACAAAAACUGAUGAUAUAUUUCUUGCUGGUAUACGUUUACAAGAUAUAUCAAUAUGGCAAAUAAGAAAUCGACAACGACAAGCCAAAGUCACUUAUGAUUGGGAUCAAAUUGAACGAGUAGAUUUUGAUAAAAAAUCAUUUUCUAUUAUACUUAAACGUCAAACAAAUGACGCAAAAAUGAAAUAUUUAACAAGUAAUAGUAAAAAAGGAAAAUAUUUAUUUGAAUUAUGUUCGGAUACAAAUACAUACACAAAAUCACUUCUUCUUCGUCAUAAUAGUCGAUAUAGUCUUUUAAAUGAACCUAUUAAUGAUGGUGAAUUUGUUCGUAAUAGUUCCGAUGCAGAUAGUAUAGAUCUAAAUCCUGGUAACAGUAGAUCACAAUCACAUGAAAAUUUAAGUACAUUAGAAAGAAAUACAAUAAAUACUACACCAUCGAUUAUGAUCUAUGAUGUUAGUUUAUAUAAAGAUAGUUAUAAUAGUUUUGGUAUGUCACUUAUGGGUGAUUCAGCAUCCGGUAUUUUUGUUAAAUCUAUUCAUCCAUCAGAUGGAAGUGCAGCUAGAUCAGGAAAAAUUCAAACAGGUGAUCGUCUUUUAUCUUACAAUGGAAAAAAGGUUGCCGGUAUGACUGUGCAAGAAGUAGCAGAUAUUCUUAGUCUAUUACCAAGUCCUUGUCAAUUGAAAUUAUCCAGACAUUCAAUUCCUACAUUAAAUCAACGAAAUAAAUCGCAACGACCAAUGAGUGUCGAUGCUGAUUCACUUAUUCAACAACAAAAAUAUAAUAAACAGAUAUCAAACCAGAAUUUUUCGAAUACUCUACCAUUAAGACCUGUUUUAUCUAAUGAAAGUAUUCUAUCGCAAGUAUCCGAUCUUCAAGGUACACGUGAUAUUAAAAGUGCUGUAUUUCCUGUUACUAUUGAUAAAACUGGUCAUAACAGUCUUGGUUUUCUUGUUGUUGGUGGUGUUGAUUCAGAAAUUGAAGAUCGUGGGAUAUAUGUUAAGAGUAUUACACCAGAUGGUGCUGCUGCGAAAUCAAAAUUACUUAAAGAAGGUGAUAAAAUUCUCGAAGUUAAUGGUGCUUCAUUAGCACGAGUAACACAUUCUGAAGCAGUUGAAUUAUUUCGUCGAGCAACAAAACCAAAGUGUCAUCUACUUGUUCAACGUCUUAUUUUUCCUAAUACUAAGUCACGUUCAGCAUCAGUAAAUAGCGUCUAUCCAUUUGCUCGGCCAGAUAAUACAUUCGAAGUUCUUUUAAAUCGUGGUCAUAAUGGUUUAGGACUUAGUUUAGCAGGUGGAAUAGCUGAAAAUAAACCCAUUGAAAUUAUUGAUAUUUAUGAAAAUCAACCAGCAGCUUUAUCAGGUCAAUUGGAUGUUGGUGAUGUUGUUUUGUCUAUUAAUGAUGUUGCUAUGCAGAAUCGAAAUGUUCGAGAUGUGCCGACAAUCAUAGGUGUAACACGAAAUGUUAAACUACUUGUUUGUCGACCUGACCCUAAAGAAUAUCAAUCUUAUUUGGAUCAUCAAAUAGAUAGUCCCAAUCGAUCAGGUACAUCUGGAUCAGUGAGUAAUGAUCAAAGUCGAAUUUCAAAUAAUGCAGUUCGUGAUUUACCACCUAAAUCACCUGGAAAUAGACGUCAUACAACAACAACAACAAAAAUUAAACGUGGCGAGGUGUUUGUGGUGAUAAUGAACAAAGAAAAAGAUAAUGGUUUUGGUUUUACAUUAUCAUCAGGUUCAACAUCAAUCGGAUAUCCACAUAUUCGAUCUGUAUUACGUGAACCUGCACUAUCAGCUGGAUUAAAACAUUGGGAUCGUAUUUUAUCAAUAAAUGAUUGUGAUUGUCAAACAAUAAGUCAUCGUGACCUUGUUGCAUGUCUUCGAUAUGCACCAACAGGUCUAGUACAUUUUUUUAUUUAUCGACCACGUAUUGAUGAAAUUGUACAUGCUAAAGAAAAAAGUCGAUUAUUUCAAAAUACAUCUUAUGCAUCAACAAGUGCUGGCGAUCAGUCUGGAAUGAAUGGAUCAGCUCCUUCAUCGCCUGCUCUACCUGUUAAAUCUACUAAAUCUGAAUUAUUUAAUGAGCCAGUGCAAUACCAAAAAAUACAAAUCUCAUUACCUAAAGCUCCACAAGGAACGUUUGGUAUUGGACUUGGUCAGAUCGAUCCUCAACAAUCACGUGGUGGUAUUUAUAUUUGUGCACUUCAACCAAAGGGAAUUGCUGAAAAAGAUGGACGUUUACAGAUUGAUGAUCGAUUAUUAUCUGUUAACGAUCAAAAUACGGACCAGAUGACUUAUCGUGAAGUCGUAGAAGCAUUAAAAUCAGCAACAAAAAAAGGUGUUAAUUUAGUCAUCGCCAGACCAAUUACUGAUCCUUCUACCGUAAAUAAAGUUAAUAUUGUUUCAGAAAAAGAAAUUUCAACGAAACAUAGCGAUACACCAUCAGCACUUACAUCAAUAAUAGACAAAAUAAUCCCACGUGAAAAACCUAAAUUACUUCCUUUACCAAAAACUGAAAAAACACAAACAUCUACUACUACUACUGCUAAAUUAUCACCUGAUUCUAUUGAAGCAUCAACAUCAUCAUCAUCUUCAGCAGCUGGACCAGCACCAGCAACUACUAAUCCUGUACCAUCAGAUUCUCCAGCAGAAUCUCCUAUUUAUAAAAAGACUAAACCAACUUCAUUACCUAAUGUUGAAAUACCAACUGAUAAAAAUAAAACAACUGAAGAAAAGAAUAAAAACUCUCCAACUUCAAAUACAGAUCUCGAUGAAGAUACAAGUGAUAUAAAAACUCCUCCGAUGACUCCUCGUUCACCUGUAACACCAGCACCACCACCACCAGUACUUGAAUUAAAAGUACCACCAUCUGCAAAACCAAUAUCAACAUCUCAAUCAAAUGAUUUAACUAAACGAAUAGAAUAUUAUCAACAAGCAGCAUCGAAAGAAACUUUAGUACUUAAUGCUGGUGUUGCUGAAAAAGUUGAAAAUUUAACAGCACAAUUAAUUAAUAAAAUUAGUACACCAGCUGUAACAAUGGAUACAGCAACAUUAAUGGAUGAAUGUAGUGAAACAGAUAUGAAAAUUGAUACCCAGGAAUAUUUAGAAGAAUAUCGAGCACUAAAAACUUUAAAUGAACAUGAACCAUCAGAAUUUAAUUCAAUAGCAUUACAAACUGUAAAUCAAUCAUUAAAUCGUUUUCAAAAUAUAAUUCCUUAUGAUUUUAAUCGUGUUAUUCUAUCAACAAAACCAGAUUAUAUUAAUGCAAGUCAUAUAGCAAUACCUAUUGGUGAAAAAUCAAUGAAAUAUAUUAUCUGUCCACCUCCAGUACAAGAUAGUAUCAAUGAUUUUUGGCAAAUGGUUGCUGAUCAACGUAUUAAAUGUAUAAUAGGAAUAUUCAGUGAACAGGAUUUAAAGAAAAUGAAAUGUCCAAUUUAUUGGCCAGCAACUAUCAAAGCGACAACAACAUUUUCACAAUUUCUAUCUGUUACAUUAAUAAAACAUCGACAACUUGAUGGUGGUAUUGAUAUAAAAGAAUUUGUUGUUCGUAUUACUGAACAAUCAAAUCAUAAACAAGAUCAUUCAAUUAUAUUUUUAACUUACAAUAAAUGGCCAAUAGAUGAUAACGCUCCAAAUGAUACACAGUCAUUUCUCAAUCUUAUACAUCUAGCACAUUCAUAUCAAAUAAGUGAAACACCAUUAUUAAUUCAUUGUAAUACAGGUGUUGGACGAACAGGAUGUGCAUUAUUAUUAAGUUUACUUUUAAUUAAAAUGAUACGCGGGCGAACACUCGAUAUUUAUGCAAUGGCUAAAGAAUGUCGCCGUCAACGUUCAGGUAUUAUUCAAACUGAACAACAAUAUAAAUUUAUUUAUGAGUGUGCACGUGAUGCUCUUAAUAUGGCUAUUGAACAUUCAAUUAUGCAAAGUGCACAAUAG